CCACAGCGACGGAUCCGGAAGUUGCUUGUGUGUUAUUGUCAUCGUCGUUGUUGUGAUGAUUUUUGCUGUCGAUAUAAUCAUGAUGAUUAUUAUUAUUAAUAAGAAUAAUGACGAUAACAGCUCAAGGUUCGGUCCGUUCAUCAGAGAUCACUGAACACGACGGUAGCAAUUGUGUGAACAACGCGCAAAUCUGACGUGAAGCGUCACGGAGGCUGCGAUUUCAAGACUGUUCUGUUUCUUCUUUGAGCAGAAAUCUCUCUUUCUGACGUCAUCUGCGCCUGAGCGAGAGACACUGACGUCAGCAGAAAACACACGGAGGAGAAGAGAAGGAACUGGAGCAAAAAAGAGAGGAAGGGACGAAGGAAAAGGCGCUUAAAACAUCGGCCGUUGACCAAUAAACCUCUCCCCGCGGGAUGAACGCAAGCGGCAUCUCGGGAAGAAGAAGUGCCGUCGCGUCUCUUUAGCGCCGCCCACUUCCGGGUCUGCACUUGCGGGUGGGAGAGCGAGCGAGGCGCAGCUGCGGGCGCCUGCUGGUCCGGUGCCGCGCCACAAUAAGAUGCGGAGACAGAGUCGGUCCGGAGCCACAGUCCACAGGCGGAGCGUGGUUCAGGCCGCAUGACUGCAGCCGAGGCGCUGAGCGGCGGCUAGCAGCGGCCAAGCUAACGCGGAGAGCGCGGCGCCAUGAGCGCGGACGCCACCGGGACCAUCCGCAGCCGCAUCAAGAACCUGCUGCGCUCGCCGUCCAUCAAGCUGCGGCGGAGCAGCGCGGCCCGGAGCCGAGAUGGGCUCGGACAGAAGGUCACCCUGGAGAAGGUCCUGGGCAUCACGGCUCCAGGGAACCGGGCCCUGGCUUGUGACCCUCAGACCGGACUGCUGGCGUACCCGGCCGGGUGUGUGGUGGUGCUGCUGAACCCUCGCAGGAAUAAACAGAGCUACAUCUUCAACUGCUCCAGGAAGGCCAUCACCACCUUGGCGUUCUCGCCCGACAGCAAGUAUGUGGUCACGGGAGAGAGCGGUCACAUGCCGGCGGUGCGAGUGUGGGAGGUGUCGGCGCGCACGCAGGUGGCCGAGCUGCAGGAGCACAAGUACGGCGUCUCCUGCGUGGCCUUCUCGCCCAACGGCAAGUACGUCGUCAGCGUGGGCUACCAGCACGACAUGAUGGUCAACGUCUGGAACUGGAAGAAAAACGUGGUGGUGGCCGCCAACAAGGUGUCCAGCAAGGUGACCGCCGUGUCCUUCUCCGACGACAGCUCCUACUUCGUCACCGCCGGCAACCGCCAUGUCAAGUUCUGGUACCUGGACCACAGCAAGACCUCCAAGGUCAACGCCACGGUGCCCCUCCUCGGCCGCUCGGGUCUCCUGGGCGAACUGAGAAACAACUUCUUCAGCGACGUGGCGUGUGGGCGUGGCCGACUGGCGGCCUCCACCUUCUGCAUCACGUCGUCCGGGCUGCUGUGCGAGUUCAACGAGCGCCGCCUGCUGGACAAGUGGGUGGAGCUGCGGAACGCUGACUCGGCGCCUGUGCGUCAGGCCACCUGCCUGUGCGUCACAGACGACUUCAUCUUCUGCGGCUGUUCUGACGGGACGGUUCGAGCCUUCAGUCCCGUCGACCUGCACUUCCUGUGCACCUUGCCCCGCCCACAUCACCUGGGCGCCGACGUGGGCGGCUUCACGGAGGCCAGUCAGCUCUUCUCCUGCCGGCCCGACGCUCGCUUCCCGGACACGCUGGCGCUGACCUACGACCCCGCCAACCGCUGGCUCUCCUGCGUUUACGACGAUCACAGCGUGUACGUGUGGGACCUGCGGGAGCUGGGCACCUCCCGCCGCGCCGGGAAGCUGUACUCCGCCCUCUACCACUCGUCCUGCGUGUGGAGCGUGGAGGUGUGUCCUGAGGGCGGAGCCGCCGCCGGCUUCCUGACCUGCUCCUCCGACAGCACCAUCCGACUGUGGAGCCUGGACAACAGCGGCGCCCUGCACAGGAACAUCCUGAGCCAGGACCUCCGCUGGGUCAUCUACGUGGACGACAGCACGUCCAGCCUGGUGGAGCCGGAGCUGGCGCCUGGCGGCUCGGCGGCGGAGGCUCUUCAGGGCGAGCAGGGCCGCUCCGGGGUCAGGACCCUGAGAGUCAGUCCUGACGGGCGGCACCUGGCCUCGGGCGACCGCGGCGGCGUCCUCAGGAUCCACAGUCUGGACUCUCUGGAGGAGAUCCUCAACGUCCAGGCGCACGACUCUGAGCUCCUGUGUCUGGAGUUCUCCCAGCCCGACACAGGUCUGCGGCUGCUGGCCACUGCGAGCCGCGACCGCCUGAUCCACGUUCUGGACGCCUCGGCCGACUACAGCCUGCUGCAGACUCUGGACGAACACUCGUCCUCCAUCACCGCUGUCAGGUUUGCUGCUCACGAGGGCCACACCAGGAUGAUCAGCUGCGGGGCGGACAAGAGCGUGUACUUCCGCUCGGCCCAGCAGUCCGCCGACGCGCUUCACUUCACCCGCACGCAUCACGUGGUGAGGAAGACCACGCUCUACGACAUGGACGUGGAGGCCACCCGCAAGUACGCCGCCGUGGGCUGCCAGGACCGCCGCAUCAGGAUCUUCAACAUCAGCAGCGGGAAGCAGAAGAAGAUGUACAAGGGCUCUCAGGGAGAAGACGGCACCCUCAUCAAGGUCCAGUGUGACCCGUCAGGUCUCUACAUCGCCACCUCCUGUUCAGACAAGAACAUCAGCAUCUUCGACUUCUACUCCGGAGAGUGUGUGGCCACCAUGUUCGGACACUCAGAAAUUGUGACGGGGUUAAAGUUCAGCAACGACUGCAGACACCUGAUCAGCGUGUCUGGAGACAGCUGCAUCUUUGUGUGGCGCCUCAGUCCGGAUCUGACCCUCAGGAUGAGGCAGCGGCUCUCUGACCUCCGACCCUCCCGCGGGAGCCUCCACUCUGAGAAGAAGCUCCAGCGCCCUCCUGCAGACCUCAGCAGGGCGGCGCCGCCUCCGCAAGAGGUCAACCUGUCGUCCGACAGCGAGAAGGAGGACGACGGGGAGGAGGAGGAGGACAAGGUGACGGGAGGCGGAGGUGACUCGGCUCAGGCGCGGCCAGACGUCCGUGGCAGCGGGAAGGAGGCGACAAAGAGCCGGCGCCUUCCACGCCGCCGCUGGUCCAAGAGAAGCGGAGACGCACUGAUGGUCAAGUCCAUGCUGGACCUGCGUCUGCUGGACUCGUACGACUGCAACGGACUGGAGGAGGAGGAGGAGGAGGAGGAGGGGGGCGGCGGCGACACUCGCCCUCUCGUGGGGGGCUGUUCUGCCCAGGCGGCUCUUCAGAGGAGCAGUCAGGAGCGAGGAAGUACCUUCAGCCUGCAGGUCACUCCAGUCUGGGUGGCUGAAGAGACGACGGCCAAUCGGAGCCCAGACAGGGAGGAGCCGGUGCUGUUCCCGGGCCAGUGGGAGGACAGCGUGAGUCUGGCGGGAAGCGAGUUCCAGGUGACGGAGGCGAGUCCGGAGGAGCAGGACAAGCCCAGCCCGGACAGCGGCUGCUCGCUGGAGCCACUCGGCGGCGGUAAGCAGCCGACACAGCCCGAGUGGUGCGGAGUGGACCAGUGGGUUCUGUCGGCAGAUCUGAACUCGUCGGACCCGGAGGAGGAGGAGGAGGGCCGCGGCGUGGUGCCACAGACUCCAGACCAGGAGGCCUUCCUCAAGGAGCACUUUGUGAAGCUGGCUGACCUUUCAGCUUCAGGCAGAACCUCCCAGAGCUCCAGCGAGAACCUCAGCAUGUCAUCGCGCUUCCUCUCCAGGAACUGCACAGCAAGCCGGCCUCCUGAAGGGGCCGCCGUGGAUCCAGGCGCAGGCUCCUCCAGGACCAAGGCGGACUGUGGGCUGAGGAAAGCCCGGUCGGUGCAGAGCCUGCCGAGCGCCGCAGGUGAGGCUCCGCCCCGCCGGCCCACCACCCUCCCCUCUGCUCCUCGCCGCCUCCUGUCCUCGGGCCCGCCCCCUCUCCAACCAAGCCCCGCCUCUCCCAAGUCUGACGUGAAGGAGGCGAUGGCGGCCAGGAAGUGGUCUGGACCUGCCCCCGCCGCUGCCACCGCGUCCCGCUCCUACAUGAGUCCCACCGCCAGCUCCAAGGCCAAGAUGUCCCGGUCCGUCUCCAUGGGCGACGGGCUCAACGAAUCCCCGGAGGAGGCGGUGGGCGGGGCCUGUCCUGUCGUCCCCUUAGUGGCCGCCCCCCCGCCUCAUGCCGCUGUGGUCCCUGUGGUCCUCGCUCGCGGCCUUCAGGCUCGGGCGCCCGGGCGACCCGCCAAGGCUGCGACCCCAGAGGAGGUCACGCCGGACGCCUGCCGGGAGCUGAGCGCUCAGCUGCGGACCUGCUUCAAGAGGGCCACGCACCUGUACAGGAAGGUGCGCGGCUCCUGCCCCGCCGACUCCGCCCCCGAGCAGCGGCAGAUGGCGCGGCUCCUCUCCGACGUCUUCAGGGACAUGAGGGCGGAGCUGGACUCGCUGCCGCUGGACCCGCUCCCGCUGGACCGGCCCGGAGAGGAGGGGCCGCUGCCGGGCGGAGCCAAGACGGCCGCGCUGCUGGAGGAGUACUCGCUGCUGCUCCUGCAGGCCGUGACCAGGAAGAGCGCCGGGAUCCACGGCAACAGCCCCACCACCUCCGUGUGAGUCUGCCGUCUCUCUCCGGAGGGUUUUGGAAACAUUCCGGAGCACGGAUUAUUUAUUUCCUUUCUCCCCGGACUCGCUUCCUGUUGCCAUGACAACAUGGCCGCAGCUAUUCACCAGCAACUUCCUGUCAUGUGACGACGUGUCUCACGCCGGCGACUGACGGGUCCUUACUGUUUGUUGUUCCACCACUUUGUUGAUCGUUUGGAAACUUUUGAUGCCAUUUUAAUAAAACGUGGCGAGGCCUCAUGUGAUCCCAGCUGUGACAUCACAGAGGGAAGAGCAGGAAGCCGCUGAAGAAGCUGAAGUUCCGGGAGUCGUCGUACAGGCGGUAGGUGGCGGGCAGGCUGAGGCGCACGCGGUCCCGCUCCUCCAGCAGCAGCGUCACGCUGCCGCAGGUGCUGGCGUAGCCGCCGUGGUCGUUGAGCUGCAGACUGAAGAGCACCGGCUGCUGGUUGUGGUACAGGUUCAGACCCAUGUAGCCCUUGAUGAAGUCGGCGGCCGUGAAGCUGAAGAAGUAGAGUCCGCGCAGCGGCGAGGUGAAGACUCCUGCGGGGGCAAAGAGCGACAGCAGUGAGCUGGCUGGACUCCCCAGGCGUGGACGCACUGACCAGUGUCGCAGCCUGAUGUGCUCCGCCGGAAGUUCCAGGACUGGAACCGGAAAUUGCGCAUGUUUGACCAACUGACGUUUACUGGUGAGCGCGUGUGUACAUGGUUGUAUCACGCAAAGGUGAAGUUUGUUUUUUUUUAACUUAAUACAAUAGUUUGUUUUUUACUUAAAAUAGUGUAGAUUUAGUAAUUGUAUGUUUUAUCUGACUUUUUUUUUUCCCUUAAUCCAACAAGGUAAAGAGAGUCGAGCGCCGCACCUCGGUCCACAUGAACCUGGUUCAGGUGCAGAGGUGCUCACUGCUGCUCCUGUUGGAUCUGUGUGAAACACACGCGAGGAGGAGUGUUUCCAUACAGUCAUGAUAAUAUAGCAGUAGCAAGAGAUGUACUGCUGGAGCUGGAAUUGCUAUUGAUUCAAUAAUGCAGGAUUUAUUUAUAUUGCACAAAGGUGAUGAAGUUUUUUUAUUAAUUAAAAUAUAUUUUUUUACGUAAAAUGGUUCACAUUUAGAAAUUGAUUGGGGUUUUUGAAUCCAUCAUUAUUGAAUCAAUAACAAUUCCAGCUCCAGCAGUACAUUGGACCUGUGCAAUCGCUUGCAUUAUCAUUAUUGUAUGGGGGAAAAAAACAACCUAGAAUGUCAGAUAAAACAUACAAUUACUAAAUCUACACUAUUUUAAGUUAAAAAAAAAACAAUUUUUUAAUAAGUCAUCCAUUUUAAUAAGCUAUUACCUUUGCGCGAUAUAACCAUGGACGCAUGCGCUUAUCAGUAAAACAUGCUCAAUUUCCGGUUCCAGCAACAGAAUUUCCGGCGGAGCACAUCGGGCACUGACAACAGACUGUCUGUCACUGCCCUUGUCACUGCCCUAUUUGCUUCUUCAUCCCGUUUUGCUUCCAGGGCUCCGUUUUAUGACGUCAUUUCCUGGCCGCAUGCGCACAUUGGUAUUUCAAGACGUCACGACCGACAGACGUCUGACGGCCGAGGGGAAGAAGCUGUUCCUGUGACGGGAGGUUCUGGUCCAAGUGAAGCUGCAGAACAAUCCACGUCAGCUUCUUGCCCUCGGCCGUCAGACUGUUGAAUUCGUGAUGAGCCCUUCUUGUUACUCUAUUUUAUUAUGGUCUGUUUUUUGUCAGCACUUUAUUCCAAAACACCUUCCUUGUGUUCGGUGGGCUCCCCACUGACCAUGGCAAUCAAUCUGAUUGUGAUUCUGACGUGGUUACUGUCCACGGGACACGCGCCACUACCACGUGAUUCGCUGGCGUUGGGACUGUGUGACAAAGCGCUGGGUGGCGCAGCGCUGACUCCUAGCGGUGAUGUAUUGUCACUGCACCUCGCUGACCUGACGCCUCUGCUGUCGGCGGCUGAUUCGGGAGCGUUUGUGUUUAUUGACACGUGAGUUCCCACUUCCGCUCCACGACAUGUCGUGGGUGCUGUGUGGCUUCAUGCCUGUCAAUAAAGUUGACGACCUCGGAUUCGGACGUGUUAUGUCCCUGUCGAGUGACGGUAGUGACGUCAUCGCCGCCGAGCGCAGAACCGAUACCUUCCCGGGUCUGGUACUGACAGACCUGCUGGCUGAUGCGGUGAACUGAUCAUGUGACCUGUGGUGGGGUCGUAGGCUCCGCCCUCGUUGGUGACGCUCUUGGAGAAGACCAGCGUAGUUUCCUCAUCGAAGGGCCCCACGGCGCCGGCGUCAGCCAGGCCGGCGGAGAAGGCCACCCUCAGGGCGCCUGGAGAAACAACAGCUGCUCUUCAGUGCCCACGCCGCUCCCAGGCCCGCCGGGGUCCCACUGACCCGCCGUCUGGGCGCGGCGCCGGUCCAGCUGCUCCUCGGCGGCGGUCAGCCGGCGGGACAACUCUGAGGGAAGAGCCGUGGUCAGGCGACCUCAUCUGGCGGUGGACCUGCCCACUCACCCGAGUUCCAGGUCUCCGGUUGGUGGAGCCGCCCUCCGGUCGUGUUGAGCGUCAGCGCCAGCGAGUCCAGAGAAGAUCCCUGGGCUGAGACCGACACGGACUCAGACCACAGAGCCGCCUGGCGCAGCUGCUCCAGACGCCAGGAACUGGAGCUGCUCACCUGAGCUGCGAGUCUCCAGCUGCUGCAGAUGCUCCUGGCUGACGUUCAGCCUCCAGCGCAGACGCUGCACCGCCACCUCCUGGACUGGAGUCAUCAGUAGGCGCCUGAUCAAGGUCUCAAACAAACAUCUGAAGAACAUCUGCUGCCUCAUCAGGACCACCAACGUGCAGAGGCAGCAGACGACAUUUGCGCUGUGCUGGAGCUGCUUCUUCAGGUGGUACCUGAGCUGCUCCUCUUCACAGUCUCCAGGAGUUCCUCGGCUCUCUUCAGGCGCGGCACCACGUCUAGGAGGAAGGCGCUGGUGAGAGAGGGACCAGACUUCCUGUCCGGGUGGUGAGGGCUACCUGAACUCAGAUGUUCCUCGGUGGCCCUCAGCUGGACCUCUGCACCUGCACACACACACACACACACGGUUCCUCUGGUGUCUGGCUUCACCUCAGCGCUGGUCCACCUUGAAGUCGGGAGAAGAUCUGGUCCAGCCCGGCGCCCACUCGGCUCUCCAGCUGUGAAGCCUCCGUCAGGCUGCGGUUGGUGACCUCUGCAACACAAGGUCAGCUCUCAGAGAAGACCCACUCUGGCGCCUCCUGCGGCCGCUACACCCGCCUGACCUGAGGCGAGGGUCUGCAGGUGCUCCACACGCUCCUGGCUGGACCUCAGCCGGACCUCCGCCCCUGCAGGACACAGCCGUCACUGAAGCUCUCUGGGUCUGCAGC